UGACGGAACAGCCGAUUCAGCGAUUUAAUUGAUAACAGACAACUAUAUACGUUGCUUUGUAAUUGUUACAACUCUAGUCGGAAGUAUUAGUCCUUUCGCUCAGCUAUUUCACACCUUUGUUAGUUGUUACGUAAGACAGUCACGGUCAAACGAAACAAGGUUCAUCUCAGUGUUUCGAGAGGUGUGUCUAAAUUCCUAUUUGGAGUCAACAUCCGGCCCGCAAGGAUCAAGUUACGGUGGAGGAUUGAGUACGAAUGUCAAGGAGCACUCUCUGUGAGGGCUGACGUUACGUUCGCCGCCUGCUAGUUUUGUUUGCGCUCAGUCGCAGCAAACAUGCCUGCGCGAUCGCCUGUCUCGUACCGCAGCCUCGCCGCUCUGUUGCUGCUCAUAAUGCACAUACAUGGGGAAAACUUUUCUUGCAGUAAAGAUGGAUUGUUCGCCGAUUACGAUGCGGAUUGUGAAGAAUACGUAAAAUGUUCAUCUGGAAAAGUGAAAGGACGAUACAUAUGUCCCGCGGGAAGAGUGUUCAAUGAAGUGGCAGGUGCGUGUAUAUCCAGCCCGAGUAGAAGUUGUAUACAACGUAUUUGCGCCUGGGGUGAUUCGUUUGCAUACACAACCCCAACAACCGCGUGUAGACAUUAUUAUCGCUGUGAAAACGGUACCAUUACCGAUCACACCUGUCCGAGCGGAUCCUGGUUUGAUAUAGACCGACAAGCCUGUUCCCGAGGCGCGGGGACGUGCUACGAACCUGUAUGCGCCGGUUUGCCUGAUGGGAAAUAUCCAGACUCUUCAAAUGAAUGCCGCAGAUUACUACACUGCCGUGGAGCAGAAGUAAGGGCCGUGGAAUCUUGCAAUGGUGUAUGCAGUAGUAACUGCCCUGCUCCGAGAUCUACAGCUAUCCCUAUACCUGUAGGCGAUGCAGACUUCUGCUCAGACGACACAUGCGACUCAUUAUGUCAUAAUGUAGGGGAUGGUCCAUACGCUGACCGCUCAACAGGUUGCCGUGAAUACUUUGUUUGUAAAUCACAUCGUGUCAUAAGCCGCGGUGUGUGUGAACCGGGAUUUUUAUUCACGGGCAUGGGCUGUGAGUCAGCUGAAUGGAACUAUUGCCCGUCACCAGCGAGAAGCCCUUGUUUCAACCGUCAGGACGGUAGAUACAGGGACUGGAAGAGUUGCUCAUCGUGGUACGACUGCCGACGAGGAAGAGUAGUUUCACGGGAUAUAUGUGGGCCUGGAAAAUCUUUUGAUGGAAUAAACUGCGUUUCGGAAAAAAGCUUUCAAUGCACAGGACCUGAGUUCUCCAAACGUUGUGAAGGUAUGCCAAGUGGGACUUACCAACAUCUUGAAUCUAACUGCAGUCAAUACUACCAUUGUGAAGGACCCUUGGAGUUCAUGUUUGUUUGUCCGGUCGGAGAGGUGUACGAUGGUUCAAAAUGUGUACCAAAGAAUCAAUAUUUAUGCCCAAACUUAGAAAAGGAUUCGUGUUAUGGCCGUGCUAAUGGACAUUACCGUGCAAAGGAUGCCAGUUGCAGAGCCUUUUAUGCCUGUAUUAAUGGAGACAAAGCUAUGUAUGCUUGCCCAGUUGGAAAUGUGUUUGACGGUGAAUCCUGUAUUCCCGAACGGUUAGAUCUUUGCCCGUCGAAAGACUACUCCUGUUCAGGAUUAAGUGACGGUUAUCACCCCGAAGUUGACUCAAACUGUCGCAGAUACUUUUUCUGCGAAGGCCGUGACCGACUAGCCACGUUAUCCUGUCUUGGGGGAAAAAUUUUUGACGGACACGCGUGCGUUGACCGUAUGCGUCACGAGUGCGGGACUCCACGUAAGCAGAACACCGAGAGAGGAAAGCACUGUGACAGCGACGGUUUCUUUGUAGUGCCCGGUACUCAAUGCAAGAAUUACUACAUUUGUGUAAACGGUCAAAAGACCUACCUAUCGUGCCCCAUCGAGCAACUAUUUAAUGGUCAAGUAUGUGUACCCAAUAAUGAAUACGCAUGUCCCGAUUGAAUGCCACUUGGGGUAAGAUUCAGAGACAUGUCUAAUGGUAAGAUUCAGAGGCGAUACAGAGCUGACUAUGUUCAGAAUGUCAAAAAUGCUAAAAAUUUUGACAUACGAGAGUCAUAAUUCGCGCUGUCUCGACUCUGAAUUCUACCGUACAAACUCUCCCGUUCAUCAAACGCCUUACAAAUUUUGAUUGACGUGAGGAUUGUUACCUGUCCUUGAACUUUACCCACGGUGUAUAUCGGCUUAUUCGUCCAAAGUUCGGGAGUCCACGAUGUACCUGAUAUAAAGACUGUGAGCUCACAGAUUAAUCAGAACUUACCAAGAACCGUUUAGCAAUAAUUCAACUACCUCGUGCAAUGAUAGGCUCAUUAUACUCGAUAUUUAUUUUAUUGGCAUUUAAGCAAACUAGAUAUAAUUUCUAAUUACAAUAGCUAUUAGUUACAAACGCAACAAGCUCAAUUAAUAAAAAAAUAUAUUUUUAUAACGUAAACUUAAUUUAUUAGAAAUAUAUCUUUAAUACAAACCUUAAACAAAACUUACUUUAUUAAUUACACGUUACAAUUAUAGACAAAUGUAGCACAAUGUUUUUUAACUACAAAUAGACUAGUCUUUCUAGGACUACAUUUUUAUAAAUAUUUUUUUUUUGGCGAUUAAAUAAGUGAACAUUUUUUAGUGUUACAAUCGUUGCAUACAUUGAAAUAAAAUAUAUAUAUUAUCUAUGAGAAACAAUCUUACGUCACAUCGGGAAUUAUAUAUAGCAUGACGUAAACUAUAGAAUACUUUCCGUUAAGGUAAUUUUCAGAGUCAAGACUGCAAAAUCUGACAAACGGAAUGUCACACGACUUGACAGAUGGAGACUUUUGCCUUCUCUCAGAAUCUUACCAUAGUUAAUUCAAACAUUCAAACCAAUUUAAAUAGAAUUGGUCCAUGCUAAACAUUUUAUAUUACAAAUUAAUAAAAAAACAAUUGUUUUGUCACGUCUAAGUGUCACUAGAGUAACAAAGACAUAACUUGUUAAAAAAAAUGUAAUUUAACUGCCUAAUAGGUUACUUUAGUAAGAUUAUUUAAGUCAAUGGGUAAAUAAUUCUAUAGUUUUAUAACUUAAGAUUUCAAAUGUUAAUACAGAAUUAAGUUA